UUCAUUUUUGGGUGAACUAUCCCUUUAAGAGCAUAUUACGGUGUUACGACUACAAUAACAAUGUAAAUAAAGCUUAUUAAAGAAUAAAUAGUCAAAUUAUUUAUAUUUUGACAUAGAACAUAACUUUUUGUAUCAUACAUGUUUUUCACUAUAUUUUAUGCCCUGCCUACGAUCCUCUCUUGUGUUGUACAUUAUUGCGAUAUUCAUGUUUCUGUCAGUGGGGGUCAGUGUAAGCACGCGCAACCAACGCAGGAGCUAAGCAGCCAUGUAAACAUCGUUUACGAACUACACUUGCGCUAUAAAGAGACAUUUAAAGAUGUCCCAAACAUUACAUCUGACUUAAAUGAGCUUUUCUGAGAUCCAGCCAUGGAUAUGUUUAAUAAAGUGACGGCUUUUUUGCAGCAGGCUUUGGAAACUCAGGAGCCUUCGAUAAACCUGCUGGACUCUUUUGUGGAUCACUGGAAAGCAAUAACCAAUUACUACAUUGAAACAACUGAUGAAUCUCGUCCAGUGAAGCACACAGACAUCCCAUGGAGGCUGAAACAGAUGUUGGACAUCCUGGUGUACGAGGAGAAGCAGGAAGGGGAGGAGACGGGUUCUUGUAUGGAAUACCUGCUCCAGCAUAAAUUACUAGAGACACUUUGCACACUGGGUAAAGCACAGUAUCCUCCAGGGAUGAGUCAGCAAGUGAUGCUGUUCUUCUCUAAACUUCUGGGCCAGAUCCAAAAACCACUGCUGCAUUUAAUCAAUGUAUAUCGACCUGUACAAAAACUCAUCCAUCUAUGUGGACUCCCUGAAUCGCAGACAGAAAAAGAGGAAUCUCAGUUUUUAUUUGUUCUUUGCACUCGAGUUAAGAAAGACCCUUAUGUUCUAAACUACAUCCUUGAGGUUACCAAAGAGUCUCAGAAACAAAGGUCCAGUUCUACCUCCGAAGAGUCAGUGGAGGAGAGUUGUAGUGGAUCUUCUAGUGCAGCCGGGGCGUCCUUCUCCCCUUCUGCCCGGACUGAAGCCCAGUUCUCCAGCAUACCUCAGACAGGCAUUGUACCAGUACUCAUACACUUGGGAAAAAGUCAGAAAAGUCGCAUUGCACUUAGAGCCAUGGAGAGUUUGUUGCAGCUGGUCAGUUUACUGCAGGAAGAUACUGAACAGCUCCUGGCCGAAAGAACGCCAGUAUGUCACUUACUCGCACAGAGAUUGACUGAACUUUACUGCCUUGUACCCUCAACGCUCGACCAUGCAGACAUACACAGUUUGCCCGGCCUACAGUGGAGGACUCAGUUUACAGAGGACAGUGCAGAGGAGGGUCGGUCGUUCCCUGGCAGCGAGCACGUCUACAGGUUCUUCUGCUUUCUAGACUUCUGCGAUCAGAUCAUCAAAGAAGCACCCAAGGUACUUGCUACUAAAGUGGCCAAAGCAAUUCACCACCAGUGGCUUAAAGGAGUCAUUGAGCCUCAACUUCUUCAGAUGUCAGAGGUUGGGAUUCUAGUACACACUGCACUGCUGUCCUGUUCUUUACGUCACACACAUUCUCCUUUCCUCUUGGAGGAGCUCAUUAAUUUUCUUUUGGGCAGCGACACACAUUCUGAACAGCGAGAUGAAUCAACUGCACACAAACUCCGUUAUUUCCUUAUUGAACACUGCAAUCAUAUUUCAGAUGAGAUCAGCAUCACAACGUUGCGUGUGUUUGAGGAGCUUCUAAAGAAACCCAACAGGUACAUCUUGACCAAUUUGGUGCUUCGGAAUCUUGAGAUGCGCCACUAUAGGAUGCCAGGAUCAGGGUGCGGGGAUGAAAGACAAGGAGCUGAAGCAGAUGUUUUAGAAGAGGCUGACGAGAUGGAGGAAGAUCCCUUCUUCACAGACAUGUAUGAAGACAGUGGAUUCAGUGGUCAAGAGCCUCUCCUCUCUCUUCCCAGUGUUAGAGAAAAACAUAAUCCCAGUACACACAUACAAGCCGCUGAUGUCGUCAACAGCUUCUUGUGCCUAGUGCCUCAAGAGGCAAAGACGUCCCAUCUCGUGCAAGAAGUGGGAUAUGACACAUAUGUUCACGAUGCACACAAAUUGACCUUCCACAAAGAAAAGCCGUUUACUUUUGGUUUUAAGUUUAAAGAAUGUUCUGCUCUGUCAAUCGAGUGGAACUGGCCGGAUUCUGCCAAAGCAACUGAAAGCGCUUCAAAUACAGACUUCUAUGAAGGACACUUCCUUAAAAUGCUGUUCGACAAGAUUGCUUGCAUACUAGAGCAGCCAUAUGAGCUGAAUCUGCAGGUGACGUCAGUUCUAUCCAGGUUGGCUGUGUUUCCUCAUCCUCACUUGCAUGAGUACUUACUGGACCCCUACAUCAGCCUAAGUCCUGGAGCACGGUCUCUCUUCUCAACUCUUGUCAGGGUGAUAGCUGAGCUGAUGCAGAGGAUCCAACACAUCCCCAAUGUGACAGAGAGUCUCAUGAUCGUCAGAAGACAACUGAUGGGACAGGAGGAGGAGACAAUGAUGGAUCAUGCGACACUGUUAAAGGGUGUUAUAGUGCUUGAGGAGUUCUGUAAGGAGCUGGCUGCAAUAGCAUUUGUCAAACUUCCCAUGGAACAACAGUGAAACAACAAUGCCAGAAACCAAAGUAUGUAACGAAUCAGCACCCGAAGAGCAUCUGCUGGAUAACUGUCUCCAUUUACCGAGAAAUAGAUUUGGACACAGUGUAGUUCUGUGGCAAAAGAUAUCCAUGUGAUGUGUUUAGACUGAUGGUACAAUAUAUACAGUGCAGGUUGCUUUCGCCAGCAGAAACUGUGAAGCUGCUCAUUCUCCAAACUUGCACAGGUCAGAAAGCUUCCUAUUACAUUGCACUUUAAGUGAAACCGAUAGGAUUAAUGUCUUUUGAACAAUAUUUAGGGCCGUUACUCAAUUAUUUUUUACACAACUGAAUCAACCGAGGACUUUGAAGAAAUCUUAUUAGAGGUUUUGAGCUCACUUCACGUUGUAUAUAAUGGCAUAUUCUGUUGAUCUCAAAUCAGAACUAGACGAUUGGAUUUUAAGCCAUUGCACAUUUACUUUUUUAGGCCUAUAUUGACUGGACUUCUUAAUUAUGGUGUGUAAUUAUCUAUGCAUUAUUUAUGUUUAUAAUUUGGUCACAAUUUUUUUUUUAAAGCAUUUUAGUGUGCAAAAUGUGUGGUUGUCUAGUUGUUUCAUCAUCAGCCUUUGUUCUCAAUAUAACUGGAAGUGAUAUGUGAUAGUAUUGUAAGAUUUUAUCAAAAUUCUUCACAGCAUGACUGUAGGCAAUAAUUGCUCUGUACUGUCACAGCAAUAAACUCCAAAAAAAAUUG